GAAAAAUUAUCAAUUUAUUUUGGCCGCUGAACUUUAUACUGAGACAAAAUAUACAAACAAAUACGCACACACACACACAUGGUGUGUUCAAAGUCAAUGAUUGACAAAAUAAAUUCCAAUGAUCAUCAUGUCAUCAUCAUCAUCAUCAUCAUCGGAUUCAAAAAAUCCAAAAAUAUUAUUAGUCGGAUCAUUACCCGAAUCAAGUAAAUUGGAUCUAUUUUUUAGCCAUGAAAAAUGUAUACAACGUAAUCAUCGUCUUGGUCAUCAACCUGCAAUGGGUAUACAAUUAAAUACAUUACGUUUCCAACAUAAGAAUCGAAUUAUAUCGUUAGAUAUAUGGAAUAUGACAAUACGUUUUGAACGAUAUAAUCAUUUAGCAUCAAUUUAUUCGGAUAAUGUACAGGCAAUUGUUGGUGUUUGUUUAAUGUCAAAUCCGGCUACAUUUCAACGUAUGAAAUAUUGGCUAAACAAAUUUCGUGAACAAAAUUCCACACUUAGCAAUGUUUAUAUAUUGGCAUGUGAAAAUGAUCCAACAAUAAGAUACGAUAAUAAUGGUGUAUCAUCAUUUAUAAGUUUGGCAAAAAAUUCUCAUAUAUCACGUACACAAAUCAUUGAUUAUGGUUGUCAAAUACAAGCAAAAAUAUUUAUCAUUCGUCGAUAUUCACGUGGUAGAGAUUUGAAUAAAUUUUUUAAUGAUUUUCUUAAUUGUUUCUGGUCAAAUGGUCAACGAUUAUAUGGAACAAUUCCAUCGAUAUUGGCCAAUUUUUUUUGUUGUCUUAAUUCAUGAUUGAUUGAUUUCGUUUAUUUUUUGAUGAAAUAACUUUUUUUUUGUACGAAAAUAAUAAACUGAUUUAAUAAUAAU